ACGAGGUAAACAUUCAUCGACUUCAAACUCAAUUCAACCUGUCAAAAAGAACUCGAUUCAUACUCAAAAUCAUGGAAUCUCACGUAAACUACCUUUUUGGAGGCACAAAGCCUUGGGACACCAGUCUCUGGACAGCUUCAGAUGAUCGCGUCCGCGGCGGCUCCAGCAUCUCCCACCUAACAGUCUCAAGCCCAACGCAGGCCGUCUACCACGGCCACCUCGACACCAAGACGCUCGGCGGCGCUGGCUUUGCCUCGCAGCGCACAAUUGGCGAUCUUGCGCUGGACCUCUCGCACACGACGGGCCUGCAGCUCGUUCUCGGCGCGGGAAGCUCUGAGCAAAAGUUCACCCUCAACGUCAAGGAUACCAUCCCCGGGAAGAGAACGGAUGGCAGAGACGAGGCUGGUAUUAGCUGGGAGGUAGACUUUGAGGCGCCGCGCGAGGGAGGCGUGCUGGUCAAGAAGUGGGAUGAGUUCAAGGCGACGUAUCGCGGAAGAGAGGUCAAGGAUCCUGAGCCAUUGAAGGUGGAUAACAUUAAGAGAAUGUCUCUCAUGACACGAAGCUUUUUCGACAAGCAGGACGGAGAUUUCAAGUUAGUGGUCAACUCGAUUGCUGCCGUCAAGAAGGAUCAUGAUGAUAGCGACGAUGAGUACGACUUGAAGAAGCCCGCUCUACCGGCCCAAGCUGCUCCUCGCCCUGCGUGGAAGGCUCUGUUCUGUGGUCUUUUAUUCAACGAUAAAAGAGGUGUACAACUUCGUCGCAGCAUCGUCUUUCCCACAAGUUUCUUGUAUCAUUCCCGUAUCAUGCCCUCACACGAGAUGCACUCUACCAAUGUAGUCCUCGUUGCCAAAGGACUGGCGCUUAUCAAAGCUUCAAUUCUCACAAUAUACAUCCCUAAACCUGACAAACACCGUUUCUCUGAUGCAGGACGCCCCAUCCAACGCCAAAACACCCCCAAACCAGGCAUGUCAAAGACUUCCAUGUGUCUCCGCCCAAGUCUAUCCAGCGCACCCUUAGCCUGCAGUCAACUGGCUAUCCUUAUACCUGUCACAUGA